CGGCACCCUGGUCGGGCAAUUGCGCGAAAGAAGACGUCUCGCAGCCUUGAACUGAGGGGGAAUCGAGGAAAGGGAGUGAAUUGAGAAGAAUCUGCACCCCUCCUUGCGGUCCCUGUUUCAACGACGGCGAGGUCCAACCUCCUCCCGGUUUGAUUGAUAUUCCUCGUUUCCCCGCCACCGGCCCUUUCAUCCUUCCCCCGCACGUCACCUUCUCAACUUUCCUCGAGCUUCCUCCCCCCCCCCUAAAGAGGCGCUGAGCCCGGUUUCUGCUCGUGUCUCGUUUAUUUCCUACCUUCUCUGCCUCUAGUCUAGCUGCGUCUUUCUUCUUUCCCAUUCCUUUCUUUUAGUUAUUCAUAGUCCCCGUUUUGCAUUUGCGUGAGCGCUAGAGCUAAAAUCAUGGCCAGUGAGGAUAAUGGCCAGGAGCCUCUCAAACGAGACGUUCGCAAUCACAUUCUAUUCGAGGUAGCCACCGAAGUGGCCAACCGUGUCGGGGGCAUCUACUCGGUUCUCAAGUCCAAAGCGCCCGUGACUACCGCCGAGUAUGGCGACCGCUAUACUCUGAUCGGUCCUCUCAAUCGUGCUUCGGCAGCCGUGGAGGUCGAGGAGUUGACGCCGUCGAAUCCCCGCUUGAUCGAGACCAUCCGGUCUAUGAAGGAGCGGGGAAUCGAAAUUGUUUACGGUCGCUGGCUGAUCGAGGGUGCGCCGCGGGUGCUCCUCAUCGACACGGGGACCGGAUACAAAUACUUGGACGAGUGGAAAGGUGAUCUGUGGAAUGCAGCUGGUAUCCCAUCCCCGGCUGCCGAUACCGAGACGAACGAGGCCAUUGUCUUCGGCUACUUGGUGGCGUGGUUCUUGGGUGAAUACAUCGCGCACGAGCGUCGUCGGGCGGUUGUUGCUCACUUUCACGAAUGGCUUGCUGGUGUCGCCUUGCCGCUCACUAAGAAGAGGCACAUGGACCUGACCACAAUCUUCACCACCCACGCGACUUUGCUCGGUCGGUAUCUGUGCGCCGGAUCCGUGGACUUCUAUAACAACCUCCAACACUUUGAUGUCGAUGCGGAAGCUGGUAAACGAGGGAUUUACCACAGGUACUGCAUUGAGCGAGCUGCCGCACAUACCGCAGAUGUCUUCACCACCGUCUCACAUAUCACCGCUUUUGAGAGUGAGCAUCUUCUCAAGAGAAAACCUGAUGGAGUGCUGCCCAACGGGUUGAAUGUCAAAAAGUUCUCUGCCGUGCAUGAAUUCCAAAACCUCCACUCGCAGUCCAAGGAGAAGAUCAAUGACUUCGUUCGUGGGCAUUUCUACGGUCAUAACAACUUUGACCUGGAGAACACCCUUUACGUGUUUACUGCUGGACGCUACGAGUUCCGAAACAAAGGUGUUGAUAUGUUUAUCGAGGGUCUAGCGCGUCUGAACCACCGCCUCAAAUCGGAGGGGUCUAAGACGACUGUCGUCGCAUUUAUUAUUAUGCCCGCUCAGACCUCAUCCCUUACAGUCGAGUCGCUCAAGGGCCAGGCAGUCGUAAAGUCCCUGAGGGAAACAAUUGAGAUGAUUGAGAAGGGUAUCGGAAGGCGAAUGUACGAGCGGUGCCUAGCAUGGAAGGAAGGCGACAACAUGCCAGAUGAGAAGGACUUGAUGGCUAGCCAGGACCGCGUGCUUUUGCGCCGGAGGCUCUUUGCUAUGAAACGCCACUCUCUGCCUCCGAUAGUCACACAUAAUAUGGUCAACGACCAUGAGGACCCGAUCCUGAACCAGAUUCGUCGUGUUCAACUCUUCAACCACGAGUCGGACCGAGUCAAGGUCGUCUUCCACCCGGAGUUUCUUAACUCAUCCAACCCCGUGCUGCCGUUAGACUACGACGACUUCGUCCGUGGCACACAUCUUGGGGUAUUCCCCUCGUACUAUGAACCGUGGGGAUAUACACCAGCCGAGUGUACCGUGAUGGGCGUGCCCAGCAUUACCACGAACCUCUCUGGAUUCGGUUGCUACAUGGAGGAGUUGAUUGAGAAUUCGUCCGAUUACGGGAUUUACAUCGUGGAUCGUCGCAUGAAGGGUGUGGAUGACUCCGUCAACCAGCUGACCGAUUUCAUGUUCAACUUCACGCAGAAGAGUCGGCGUCAACGGAUCAACCAGCGCAACCGGACGGAGCGUUUGAGUGAUCUUCUGGAUUGGAAGCGGAUGGGCUUGGAGUAUGUCAAGGCUCGGCAGUUGGCCCUACGGAGAGCCUAUCCUUCGUCUUUUGGAAGCCCCGAGGAUGUUUACGAUAUUAUCGGGGGUACGGAACAGAAGAUAUCGCGGCCAUUAUCCGUGCCUGGCUCGCCACGGGAUCGGUCUGGAAUGAUGACCCCUGGGGACUUUGCCUCACUCCAGGAAGUGAAAGAGGGCUUGAGUACAGAAGACUAUGUUGCAUGGCGACUCCCUACUAGCGAGGAAGAAGAGCCCGAAGACCAUUACUUCCCGCUCACUCUCCGCACGAAGAAGAACGCCGAUCGUCCGCCGUCGCCACUUGACCAGCUGCCGGUGAACGGGAAGGAAGACCCUUGAUCGACCGUGAGAUAGUGCCGGCCUCACAGCCGCAAAACCUUCCUGACCUGCAUUUCCAAGGUACCAUUCUUGUUGAAGCCGUUGCAUUACAUUCUACUUGUCCUCUUGAACCGUAUGUUUGUGGAAUCAUGCUUUUGGUCACUUGCCCCUAUCAUUGAACUCACAAGUUGAGUUAGCCCGUCAAGUUCCUAGCUCGCAUGGCGCCUCACCUUGCCU